UGGUACAAAAUUAUUAAAUAAAGUGAAAAUUAACGAAUAAAUAAAUCAAUAAAAUGUUUCCAUUUAUACGCUGGCAAUCAUAUCGUGUUAUUAUAAUCUGUUCAUUAAUUUGGUUUAUAUUAUGCUUUUGUUUUCUACUCUAUUAUAUGAACUAUUUGUUACCCAAUGAUUAUCGCAAGACAUUAUCUGAAACAUCGUUAAAGAAAUCAAUUGAUAAUUUAAACAAAUUUAGUCAUAAUUUAUUUGAUUCAUACAUUGAUAGACGUAAACUAAAAUCAACUUUUUCAACAACUUAUUCAUUUCAUAAACUAAACAAUUGGUCACCCAUUGAAAGAAAUGAAUCCAAUCCUAAGGGUUGGUUAGGAGAGAAUGGAAAAGGAGUUCAUAUUAGUACAGAAGAGUUAGAACUGAAGAAUGAAAUGUUUGAAAUCAAUAAAUUCAAUCUUUUGGCGAGUGAUAGGAUUGCUCUCAAUAGAUCUCUUCCCGAUCCAAGACUUGAUGGAUGUAAAAAUAAAACAUACCAUCAAAAACUUCCCAACACAUCCAUUAUCAUUGUAUUUCACAACGAAGCCUGGACUACACUAUUGCGCACAAUCCAUAGUAUAAUAAACAGAACUCCACUAAGUCUUAUAAAAGAGAUCUUAUUAGUGGAUGACGCGAGUGAAAGAGAUUUUUUAGGAAAACAAUUAGAAGAUUACGUUUCAGCUCUUCCUGUGUCAGUGAAGGUAUUACGAACUGGCAAUCGAUCGGGUCUUAUAAGAGCGCGACUUAUUGGAGCAAAAGAAGCCUCGGGACUGACCUUAACUUUUUUGGACGCGCACUGCGAGUGCACUAAAGGAUGGCUCGAACCGCUUCUCGCAAGAAUUGUUGAGGACAGAACUCGAGUGGUUUGUCCGAUAAUUGAUGUGAUAAAUGACGACACAUUUGCAUAUACAGCUGCAUCUGACUUGACUUGGGGUGGAUUUAAUUGGAAAUUAAACUUUAGAUGGUUUCGAAUACCAGAGAGAGAAAUGAUAAGACGAGACAAAGACAGGACACUUCCAGUCAGAUCACCGACGAUGGCCGGCGGACUGUUCUCUAUUGACAAACAAUACUUUGAAUUGAUCGGCAAAUAUGAUGAUGGGAUGGAAAUAUGGGGCGGAGAGAACAUUGAGCUAAGCUUUCGGAUUUGGAUGUGCGGCGGAUCUCUAGAAAUAGUAACGUGCAGUCAUGUCGGACACGUGUUUAGAAAGUCAACUCCGUAUACCUUUCCGGGCGGUACGAGUAAAAUAGUUAAUCACAAUAACGCACGACUGGCCGAUGUCUGGCUCGACGAAUGGAAAGAGUUUUAUUAUGCUAUAAAUCCGGCGGCAAAGGGGGCUGAUAUGGGAGACACUAAAUAUAGGAAACAAAUUCAAAAAGAUCUCAAAUGCAAAAAUUUUCGUUGGUAUUUGGAUAACAUAUACCCGGAAAGUCUAAUGCCAUAUAAAUAUUAUACAUUAGGAGAAAUCAAGAAUAUAUACACUAAUAAAUGUUUGGAUACAAUGAAGAAAAAGAAAAGUGGAGAAAAGGUAUCAAUGAUUACAUGUCAUGGAAGUGCUGGCAAUCAGUUGUUUAUGUUUACAAAAAGACACGAAAUAGUUGCCGACGAAAACUGUUUGGACGCCACAAAAGUUGGAAAACCGGUUAAACUGAUGCGUUGUCACGGAAUGGGUGGCAAUCAGUUGUGGGAAUAUAAUUGGAAAACUAAUAAUAUAAUCCAUAUGUCAUCUAAACUAUGUUUAGAUAAACCAAAUCCCAAACAGAAUCAUCCAAUACUUCGUCGAUGUAAUGGAAGAAAAACACAGAAAUGGCUUUUGAAAAAUAACUACAAAUGGCAACUCUUUUGA